CGGUUGCAGUCUCGGCGAGCGGCGGAAGCGGCGCGCAGUUUGUCGCGAGCCUGGCGCGGAAACGCAGGUAUAACCACCAUGGCAAUACACAUCGAACCCUUUAGCAAUAAAUCAUAAGAGAUGCGAUUUGGUGCCGGUUGCGGUUCGCGCGAGUAGUUACGUCGAUUCGACGGCCUGUUUCAUUCAAGCGACCCACUGCCAGUCAUGGGCGACAGAGAAAAAUUAACGUCGAAAAACCCGAUCAGGGUCGGGUUCUACGACAUAGAGCGGACGAUAGGCAAGGGGAAUUUUGCCAUCGUCAAAUUGGCCAGGCACAGGAUUACCAAAACAGAGGUUGCAAUCAAAAUUAUAGAAAAGUCAAAACUGGAUUCUAGUAACUUACAAAAGGUUUAUAGAGAAGUAGAUAUUAUGAAAAGACUGGAUCAUCCCCAUAUAAUUAAACUUUAUCAGGUUAUGGAGACAAAGAAUAUGAUAUAUCUUGUUUCUGAGUACGCUAGUCAGGGUGAAAUAUUUGAUUAUAUCGCGAGAUAUGGUCGAAUGAGCGAGGAACAAGCUAGGGUUAAAUUUUGGCAAAUAUUGUCGGCUGUCGAAUACUGCCAUAAUCGUAACAUUGUACAUCGAGAUUUGAAGGCUGAAAAUCUAUUAUUAGAUUCAAAUAACAAUAUAAAAAUAGCAGACUUUGGUUUUUCCAACUUUUAUACGGUGGGAGGACAACUGUCAACUUGGUGCGGUUCACCGCCAUACGCGGCACCAGAAGUUUUCGAAGGCAAGAAGUACGUCGGACCCGAAAUUGACAUCUGGGUGAGUAAUACUUUAAUCUUCCUCAGGAAAGCUCCUCAAUAUGUCGACGUACAUUUUUUUCUCGGAUCCGCUCCGUUCCCGCCACGUUGCGGAAAGCAUGAAUGUACUUUUCCUGGUGCGCCGACUGCAAUCUGCAGUCAUGAUAUAAACAAAGUACACUUUUUAUCAUACAUAGACGAAGGCAUUUCGAUCAAUGGAGCCCCACUCAACAACCUGCGCUACGCUGACGAUACAAUAGUAUUUGCCGAUACCAUCCAAGGCCUGCAAAAUCUGAUGAACAGUUUAACAGAAAGUAGUAGGAAGUAUAGACUCGACAUAAAUACAAAUCAUUAUUAUAUUUUUCCAGACUGCGAAUCUUUAAUAAGAAAAAUGUUGGUUCUCGAACCCAAUAAAAGGUAUACUAUUCAACAAAUCAAGAAGCAUCGAUGGAUACAAAUGGACGUUUUGCCAUCAUUUCCACCAAUCAUUAACAGUUCUUGUACACAAGCCAACGAACAAAUCUUUAGACUGAUGCAAAGUUUAGGAAUUGACAGCUCAAAAACUCGAGAGUCUAUCAGGACAGGUUGUUACGAUCAUCAUGCCGCCAUCUAUUUUCUGCUGCUCGAUAAACUCAGGACUCAGCUGGUGGGAGGAGAAAAUCAAACUGGAGUGAGGGAAGUACAAAGGAGGAGGCCGUCAAAUGUGGCAGAGCAGGCCAUGAGAAAAAUAGGUAUCCACCAAGGGAGAGCAAGCACCACCGAAGACUGCAGACGCCUUCUGCAGCAUUCUUCUCUCGGCCCCACAGCGACCAGCAACAACAAGAUUAACGUGUCCAAUGUUAUCGGCUCAUGUGCGAAUCCAACAUCUAAUACUUCACCAGUGCACGGAAUCGAUGCUGCAAAAUUGCUGGCAGCCACCAACAGCGAGGACGCUUUGAAAAUACUGAACCAAGCGGCUUCGACCACUACCUUUAGCAUGUGCAACGAGGCUACAAGAUUGAUGUCCACGCUUCAGAUGUCAGCGGUACCGUCCAGCUCGACGGAAACGUCUCCUUUUAAAGAGUACUCUAAAGCGGUACCCAGUGCGUAUCCAUUGGUACUGAAUAUGCAUCCUUUCGAAACACCUGACGUCAAAGGAAGUUUGGACAGGUUUAAUGCAAGGGAUACACUAACGUCUAAACCGCCCCACAGUGGCCCCAGACUAAGCUACGCUUCCUCCAGCUCAUCUAGUGGCGUAGUAAACAAUUUUAACGCAUCCAAAAGUCUUAGCCAGAACCUCAGUUGUGAUAGUAACUUCGAAAGUCUUGAAUACCCCCUCUCCGAGUCCAGCGAGCUAGCCAGUAGUUUGCCAAGUUGUACAUCGACCGAUAAAAAACCUGAAUCUAGCCUGAUCACCUCAAACGCACUAUCCAGCUUCAAAUACCACAAUAUGGUUCCUAGAAUGGCCGCUCACAAGCAGAAUCCUUUGAUUCACAUGUCCCGUUUUAAAACGACCAGAAACCUCACCCGAUCACCUGUUGAUUUCCGCGAAGGUAGAAGGGCUAGCGACGGUUUGGUAGCUCAACAAGUAGGAGAGGGUCCUGUUUCGAACAUAGCUUUCAAUUCGCAAAAACUCAACGAAAGCUUCAAGGCUAAAGGCGUGCUAGACAUGGGCUUAGUCCAGCGCGAGGCGCUCAGGUUGCAAAGUCAGUAUCAAGCGAGGGAACCGCCCGAGGAAAUGUCGCACAGGCAAAAACAGCAUAAUCAGUACAUGCAGCCCAGAGCGACUAAAAAGAUUAGCCUGCCCGAUAACUUUAGUUACUCGAGCAUUGAGCCGGUCCAAUUGCAAACGGCGAUGCAACACCGAUUGCUUCAACAGAAACGUUUGCAGAAACAGUGCGCCAUAUCUCACCAGGUUGCGAGUAGCAUCGAUGCAGCUACGCAUUUGUCGCGAAGGCACAUGCUGAGGCAGGCUAGUUAUAAGAUAGCUCAGCAGCAGCCAGUGUUGCCGCCUCUCCCUCCCUUGCCCUUGUCGGAAACGGAGAGUAAAGACUUACUUGCAUUUCAAUCCAUUGUAGAGAAUCCUGGAGAGGCGUGGAACGCUGGAGUGAGCGGCAACGUACAGUCGAUGGUGGAGCCCAAUCUCUCGUCCAAAUCGUGGCAGAAAACUAAUUCGACGUGGAACCAGGGACCCUCAAGCUUGCCGGCAAACCUACAGACAAACGCGUGGCCUCCCUUGUUACCCUUAAGGGAAAGUCCCAUAUUAGAAUUAACAGAACAAAUGGAAUCCAUAUAAAGUUACUAUUUUUAGGUAUCAGUUUUUAACUGUCAAUUGUUUUUUUUUUAAUAAAACGGACUCUAAAGGCCUAGUCUACACAUAAAAUUUCACCUGUCAGUCUUACAUGUUCAGUCAAGACGUAUCAAGUAAAAUCUUGUGUGUAACUGAGUUACAAUCGUCUAAAAAACUGUCGUUUUGCCUACUCUAAAAAAUAUAAAAAGUAAAUUUACAAGAAAUAAUAUGGAUAUAUUAGAGCAUCUUUAAUAAAUGGCUUUUAAAAAUCUAAUGUUUUUAUUUAGUUUGCAUUAUUAGUUUGAAUUUCUUUUCAACUUCACUAAAGACAAUGCAAUGAAAAAAACCUUAGACGAAAUUUUGUGUAUGCUAGUUUUUAAUCCAUCUUCCCUGGCAGGUAAAGCAUUAUCUGUAGACGAAGCUUAACGUCUUAAUUUGUAUACAACUAGAGUUUGCCUGGAAAUAGAUAGCUAGAUAUGUAAGAAAUAAUUUAGUAAAUAAUAGUAAAUUUGUUAGAUACAUUUUAAGGAGUGAUUCAUUGGUUUUAAAAUACUCUGCCUUUCCAUUAUUAAUAAAGGCCUCAAACGCACUGACGACGACCAGGUCGCAGCGACCAGCAUUUGAUUCAAUGUUAUUACUGGUCGCGGCUGCGUUUCCUAAUAA